UUUAGCCUCGGAAUCCCCUUCGUGUACGGCCACAUCUCUCUUUUCUUCGCUGGACCUCGCUAUUGGAACUCCAGAGACUCUGCACCUCUGGACCUUUGAACCUUUCGCCCCGUAACAUUAUCCACCGACGUCGGGUCUCGUCGUAAUCCUCGUCCGCCGCCGCCGGCCGCCAUGUCAUCCAUAUCUGCGCUCUCUGCCUCGGUCACCCGCAUUCUCUCCUUGACCGGGUUUCCGAAGGAGCUGAAGACGAAAGACAUCCAGUCGGCCUUUUCCGAGUGGGAGAACGUCGCGGGAGGUUUCAAGAUCAAAUGGGUGGAUGACACCAGCCUUUACAUUGUCUUCCAAGACCCUGCGACAGCCAAACGCGCGUAUCUGAAGACGGUCGCGUAUCCUCCGGCCAUCUUCACCUCUCCGACCACCCAGACUUCCGCUAUUAUCCGCCCGUAUGACGGCCCCGACGCCGUCUCCGUCAUCCACGCCGUCAACUCACGGCAGCACAGCAACAACAACAACUCGCGCGGGCAGCGCGCGCAGUCCAUGUCCGUCCCGAGCACCCACGGACGCGGCAUGUCCGUCUCCAACGGUUUCCGCGGCGGCAACGGAAACGCCGACGCGCCGGGUGCCAUGUCCGUCCAGACGUCGCACAACGGCUCGUCCUCUUUCGGGCGCGAGCCGUCGCCGACGCUCCCGAGCUUGCCCUCGCACCCGACGCUCAACUCGCUCAUCGAGAACUCGCUCGGCGGCGCUGCCGCGCUCGACGGCUCCGACCCUGCCAUCCUCGCCCAGGGCCCGCGAAUCGGCGACCCCGGCAAGCGCAUGCUCGGUCACGCGCUCGGCGUCCGCCAUCCCGGCCUGCCCACGCGUGCUGGCGUGGCCGUGGCCGACGCCUGAACGUAUGCGAAGCGGACGUGACAUGAACGGACGGGGGGCCGAUAUGGGGGCUCCCGUGGGCUGUAUGCUAUAUGACAAACGGAGGGUGGAGCGCACAAGAAGGAGAGAGAGAGACAGCUUGGAGGCAGUCCGUUCUCGGUUUACGUCCUCAGCGUGGAUUCGGUCCAGGUCGCGCCCCAUGUCCUUUCGUUAUGCAUGGGAUGCGAUGCAACGUUGCCGACUUUCAUAAAACGCGUACAUGUUCUUUCUAGUGGUCUCUUGGUAUACAGCAAACAUGACACCUUAAUUGUACAGCUUCCGUGGAGCUCGU